AUGAGCUGGAACUGUUACAGGUCUAAUUCUGAAUCAAGUGGUUUUGUUUACAGCGAUGAUAAAUUAAAUUCUUUAAUGGAUUUUGAUUUCCAAAUAUUGAUUACUAAAGACAAUCGAAGAAAUGAUAUUAAUAAUACACUCUUAAGACUAAUGAAUAAUUUAAAAAUAUAUGAUAAUACAAUAAAUUAUGAAACAAUACGAUUAAUAAUGAAAAAAUUAGAUGAUUUAGUUCAAAAUUAUUUUUUUCAAUUAAAAUCAAGCGUCAUCAUUUAUUCAUAUGAUACUUGCAAUGAAAAUCGACGUUUAAUGUACACAUCAUUAGAUAAUAUAGUGAACUUUAUGAUUAAUACAGAGGUGAAAAAUAAAGACAUAUUUAACUUUAUUAAAUCAAAUGACAAUUUAGAUGAUAUAGAUACUUUAAAAGUUAUUGUAAAAAAUGAAAUGAAAACAUCACAAUCUAAAAUUUUAUCCAAACAUCCUUUACCAAUAAGAACAAAAUUUUCAAACCAAAAAUAUAUUCAAAUGAAAAAUAAAAAUAUGAUGAGUUUUUUAGUUCAACAAUUUAAUCCUACCAUAAUGUCAAUAAAAAUAAACCAUGAUGAAGAAAAUUUAAUUGAGAUUAUAUAUGAUUCAAAAUCGGGUGAAUUAAGAUUUGGUAAUACUUUAAAAGUUGAUAGUUUAAUUAAUUCAAUGAGUACGGAAUAUAAG